UCAGAUGGAAUGGCAGAUCCUGCUAGUUAUGGGAGUCUUGAACGUGAUAUUGAACAAACACUCACUGCUUUAAAGAAAGGAACUCAAUUGAUAAAGUACAGUCGAAAAACGAAGCCGAAAGUUCGUUCAUUCAAACUUUCUCUGGAUGAGAAAACGUUGAUUUGGAUUUCUCAUAAGAAGGAAAGGCAUUUGAAAUUAUCUUCAGUUUCACAUAUUAUCUCUGGACAAAGAACUGCUGUUUUUAGAAGAUAUUUGCAACCAGAAAAGAAUUAUCUUUCAUUUUCUCUUGUUUAUAAUAAUGGGGAGCGAACACUUGAUUUGAUAUGCAAGGACAAAGAUGAGACAGAGACAUGGUUUAGAGGCCUUAAUACAUUAAUUUCUUCGGAAAAGUUAAAUACGAGCAUUGUAAGGGAAUUUUUUUACGAUGGUGUUAAUGUCAUCCCAAAUGGUCAUCGUUUUGCUGCAACACUACAAUAUGCUAUAAGCUUUGCUGGUAAAAAGGUCCCUUUUGGUUUUGAUAGUCAUGAGUCUUCAUUGAAUUUGGUAAGUACAGAUGUGGGGUUAGAGCGUGCUAAUAUGCAACCAAGAACAAGUAUUGGAGAUGGUUUUCGUAUCAGUGUGUCAAGUACACCUAGUGUUUCAAGUUCAGGAUCAGGACCAGAUGACAUAGAAUCACUAGGUGAUGUUUAUGUAUGGGGAGAGGUUUGGGCAGAUGGGAUUUCACAUGAUGUUUUUGUUACUCAACCCCCUGCUACAACAGAUGUAUUGAUUCCCAAACCAUUGGAGUCAAGUGUUGUUCUUGAUGUUCAACAGAUUGCAUCUGGAAUGCGACACAUUGCUUUAGUAACAAGACAAGGAGAGGUUUUUACAUGGGGAGAAGAAUCUGGGGGGAGACUUGGUCAUGGAAUUGAUAAAGAUUUUAGUCGUCCUCAUCUUGUUGAGUUUUUGGCAGUUACCAACAUGGAUUUUGUUGCUUGUGGAGAGAAUCAUACAUGCGCCGUGUCUACUUCUGAUGAUCUUUUCUCAUGGGGUGAUGGUACUUAUAAUGUUGGACUUCUUGGACAUGGAACUGAUGUCAGCCAUUGGAUACCAAAGAAGGUUAGUGGUCCUCUGGAAGGGCUUCAAGUUAUAUCUAUAUCAUGUGGCACAUGGCAUUCAGCAUUAGCAACUUCUAAUGGAAAACUCUUUACCUUUGGUGAUGGAACAUUUGGUGUAUUGGGUCAUGGAAAUAGACAAAGUGUAUCAUAUCCAAAAGAGGUGCAAUUGCUAAGUGGAUUGAAAACUAUCAAGGUUUCAUGUGGAGUAUGGCAUACUGCAGCCAUUGUAGAGGUUACUUUUCAAUCUGGUUCAAAUGUUUUAUCCAGAAAGCUUUUCACUUGGGGAGAUGGUGACAAAUACCGUUUGGGACAUGGAAAUAAGGAAACAUACCUUCAACCAACUUGUGUCUCUACACUUAUUGAAUACAACUUUCAUCAAAUAGCUUGUGGGCACACUAUGACUGUUGCCCUCACUACAUCUGGUCAUGUCUUCACCAUGGGAAACACUGAAAAUGGUCAAUUGGGAAAUCCUUUAGCUGAUGGAAAAGUACCUAUCCUAGUACAAGAUAAGUUAGUGGGUGAAUUUGUUGAGGAAAUAUCAUGUGGGUCACAUCAUGUUGCAGCCUUAACAUCAAGAAGUGAACUGUAUACAUGGGGUAAAGGUGCUAAUGGAAGACUAGGACAUGGAGACAUAGAAGAUAGAAAGUCUCCAACAUUGGUGGAAUCCUUGAGAGAUAGACAUGUGAAGAAUAUUUCAUGUGGCUCAAACUUUACAUCUUGCAUAUGCAUUCAUAAAUGGGUGUCUGGAGUUGACCAAUCUAUUUGCACUGGUUGUAGACAACCAUUUGGAUUCACUAGAAAGAGACAUAAUUGUUAUAAUUGUGGAUUAGUGCAUUGUCAUGGCUGCAGUUCAAGAAAAGUACUAAAAGCAGCCUUGGCUCCAACACCAGGAAAACCACAUCGUGUGUGUGACUCUUGUUAUAAUAAACUCAAAGCUGUUGAAGCAUCUGCUACUGCAAAUCUCAAUAGAAAAAUUACUGCUACUACUUCUGCACCUCGCUCUUCCAUGGAUUCCAGGGAAAGAUUUGGCACUGGAGAAAUUAAGUCUUCAAGACUCAUUUUGCCUCCAAUCACAGAACCAGUAAAAUAUCAUCAAAUAUUGACUAAUAAGCUGGGAACCAAUUAUCCUUCCAUGUCUCCAUCUUCCCAAAUUCCAACACUUCUACAAUUGAAUGAGAUUACAUUUUCAAAUUCAAUGAAUUCCUCUCAAAACGUUAUGAAGUCUGCUUUAUCUCCUAAUCCGCCACCAAUUUCACCUGCAAGACCAUCGUCUCCUCAUACAAGAAGGUCAAGCUCACCACGUUCUCGAACAGGAUUUUCUAGAAGUCUCAUUGAAAGUUUGAACAAGUCAAAUGAACUUCUAAAUCAACAAGUUUCAACGCUGCAAAACCAGUUACGAAGUUUGAAGCAAAAACAAGUCAUGGAAAUUGCAAAGCUUCAGAAAAAUGUUAGGGAAGCUACUUCCUUAACCCUAGAGGAAUCUUCUAAACAUAAAACUACGAAAGAGUUUUUUAAGUCUACUGUAGAUCAGUUGAAGGAAAUGGUGGAGAAGUUGCCACCAGAAGCUUCAGAUAGUGAAAAUUGGAAAACCAUACUUACUGGAGCUGAAGAUUUUCUGAGAGUUAAUUCAGAAUCUGAAAUGCCCUCCAUAUCCCCAAGUGACAAUUCUCUACAACAAAAUGCUCCUAAUAAACUUGACUCAAAUGAUAGUUCUUCUAAAUUGCAAGACGAAAAUAGUGAAACUGAAGGAGUUGAAUCGUCAUCACGAGAUGAAGGAAAUGUUCUUCAAGAAAGUAAUAACUCAUAUUUAUCAAAUAAUGAAGCAUCAAUGUCUUUACAAAACUCUCUAAGAGAACCUUCAAGAUCAAUGAGAGAAGGAGAAACACAAGUCAUUGAACAGUUUGAACCUGGUGUAUAUGUAACAUUAAUAGUAAAGCCUAAUGGUAUCAGGACUUUCAAACGAGUUAGAUUCAGUAAACGAAGGUUCCAUGAACAUCAAGCAGAAGAAUGGUGGAAUAAAAACAAAGAUAGGGUGCUUAGGAAAUAUAGUACUUUAGCAGCUACAAAAGCUGAUGGUUCUGCGUCAUCUAACACGCUACCACCACCUGCAGAAGAAAAUAUGGAGGCAAUGUCUUCUUGA